GGAGUCUUCUCUGUUGUCUGUAGGCUAGUGCUGAUAGGUUGGAGUCUUCUCUGUUGUCUGUAGGUUAGUGCUGAUAGGUUGGAGUCUUCUCUGUUGUCUGUAGAGUAGUGCUGAUAGGUAAGAGUCUUCUCUGUUGUCUGUAGGUUAGUGCUGAUAGGUUGGAGUCUUCUCUGUUGUCUGUAGAGUAGUGCUGAUAGGUUGGAGUCUUCUCUGUUGUCUGUAGAGUAGUGCUGAUAGGUAGGAGUCUUCUCUGUUGUCUGUAGGUUAGUGCUGAUAGGUUGGAGUCUUCUCUGUUGUCUGUAGGCUAGUGCUGAUAGGUUGGAGUCUUCUCUGUUGUCUGUAGGUUAGUGCUGAUAGGUUGGAGUCUUCUCUGUUGUCUGUAGGCUAGUGUUGAUAGGUUGGAGUCUUCUCUGUUGUCUGUAGGUUAGUGCUGAUAGGUAGGAGUCUUCUCUGUUGUCUGUAGGUUAGUGCUGAUAGGUUGGAGUCUUCUCUGUUGUCUGUAGGUUAGUGCUGAUAGGUAGGAGUCUUCUCUGUUGUCUGUAGGUUAGUGCUGAUAGGGUGGAGUCUUCUCUGUUGUCUGUCGGCUAGUGCUGAUAGGUUGGAGUCUUCUCUGUUGUCUGUAGGUUAGUGCUGAUAGGUUGGAGUCUUCUCUGUUGUCUGUAGGUUAGUGCUGAUAGGUAGGAGUCUUCUCUGUUGUCUGUAGGUUAGUGCUGAUAGGGUGGAGUCUUCUCUGUUGUCUGUCGGCUAGUGCUGAUAGGUAGGAGUCUUCUCUGUUGUCUGUAGGUUAGUGCUGAUAGGUUGGAGUCUUCUUUAUAUGUAUUUGUGAGUGAGUGAUGAGUUUAUUAGCAGCCCAGCUGUGACCAGUCCAGGAGAAAAGGGUGGGUGGGUGAGUGGGUGUGUCAUGGUGUAUGUGUAUUUAUAACCUUUGGGGAAAGGUUUGAAUGUGUACAUGUCAAGGUAAAUCAGACAGUCAGAGGCAGAAGAUGUGUGAGUGCGCGCGUGCACGUUUGUUGAAUGAAGAGACGGAAAUACACACAGCAGCAGCAGUCACAGGCACGUGGUCAGAACCCAACCCAACCCACCCAACCCCACCCUAUUGGGCUAGGUCUACCCACAACAAAACUAACCAAAUAUGAAAAGAGGAAGAGAGAUGGGGGGUUCAGCAUCUUUUUGCCUAAAAUUAAUAUCCUUUACAUUUAAAAUAGAAUGUUCUAAAAGGGUAAUAUAUUCGAAGAAACACUCAGAAUCAAACAGACACACAUGCUUUCACUCAUACACCCGCAUACCCAAACACACACCAAAAUCCAUCGCUUUGUUUUUCUCAGCUUUAUGGUCGUGGCACUCCUCCAUUAGGAAUUUGUAGUGGUGAGAGGAGGGGCGUUUGUGUAUGUGUGAAGGAGCAGUCGGUCUCCUCCCCUCGUCUCCCCCCGCCCCCCAUGCCUUUGUGUGCGCGAGGCUCUCUGUGAGCAGCGGUUCUUCAAGUGAGAUAUCGGUUCGUUUCUGAGCGCUGUUUGAGUUUGUGUGGGCUGUCCGAACAUAGCGUGGCUGACUGGGACUGGGGUGAACCGGUAGAAGGCACGUGAAACCUCUGAGUUUAUUCACACAUGUGCGAUCAGAACGGAAAAUAACGGAGAAAUAUCGAAUAUAGGACUUUUCCCUUUCGUUUUACCCAUCUAUCAUUCUCUCGUCCUCUCUAUCCGUGGAGAAUCUGACCAACCCAAACAACCUGAUGUGUGUGUAUGUGUGUUUUGGGGGCGUAAAACAACUGGCAGCGCGUGAAGAUGGAUUAACGUUUGAACGGAAAACUGGAGCAGCACGCUAGACCUCGGCGAGGGGGGAGGGCAAGACGGGCCUCUGCUAACACACACAACCCACGGGACAGAGACUCUGAUUGGACCAACACCAGGAUGAUGUCGUCACCAAAAGCCAAGACCAAGAAGAAACCUCCCAAAGACAGUAUGACACUUCUACCAUGCUUCUACUUCAUAGAGCUCCCCAUCGUCCUCUCCUCCCUUGUCUCUCUCUACUUCAUGGAGUUGACAGACCUGUUGUCCCCGGCGACCCCUGGGUUCCAUUGCUAUGACCGUGACCUGUUGUUGCCCUACCUGGAGACAGGAGACGAACUGAUCCCUCUGCUGAUGUUACUGAGCCUGGCCUUCGCAGGACCGGCUGCCUCGAUCAUGCUAGGUGAAGGGCUGGUGUAUUGUUACCAGUCCAGAGUCAAACAGAGUAAAGCUGAAGGAUCCAUCAUCGCUGGAGGGUGUAACUUCAACUCCUUCCUACGGAGGACUGUUCGCUUUGUUGGUGUUCAUGUGUUUGGUCUCCUGGCAACAGCCCUAAUGACAGACAUCAUCCAGUUGGCUACUGGUUAUCCCACCCCUUUCUUCCUGACUGUCUGUCAGCCCAAUUACACGCUGCCUGGGAUAUCAUGUGACCAGAACAAUUUCAUCACACAGGACAUCUGCUCUGGGAAAGAUCUGUAUGCCAUCCUGUCAGCCAGGAAAGCAUUUCCAUCCCAGCAUGCAACGCUCUCUGGCUUCGCUGCUGUCUACAUCUCUAUGUAUUUGAACAGUGUGAUCAGCAGUAGUACUAAGCUGGUGAAGCCGGUGCUGGUGUUUGGAUACUGUCUGGCUGCGGGUAUAGCCGGACUGACUCAGAUCACACAACACCGCUGCCAUCCCAGAGAUGUCUAUGUUGGCUACGCCAUAGGAGCUGGCAUAGGAGUCUACCUGUCUCUGUAUGCAGUAGGUAACUUCAGGUCAUCCGAGGAGGACUGCCUCCCCCAGCCUGGCCGGAGGGCUGCGUUCCCCCCCCAGCAGCAGAGGGAGGUGGUGGUGAGGGGAAGAGCCCAGGGAGGUCAUGUUUCUCAGCACGGCUCUCUGUACCGCAGCAAGACACCCAGACCCUCAGACAGCAGGGAGGAACUGGGCACUGGACGCUGCAAGGUUCGUAGGGAGAAGGUCAGCGUAGCAUCUCUGAAGAGGGCCAGUGCUGACGUGGAGCUCCUGGCACCCCGCUGCACCAUGGGAAAGGAAACCAUGGUAACAUUCAGCAAUACCUUACCCCGCGUCGCCAACGGCAGCAGCAGCACCUCGCCCCCCGGAGACGACCCCUCCAACCAGCGUCACAUGACCUUCCACCUGUCCUUCGACCCCCGCAGGUCACAACCAAGGCUGCGACCACCGCUGAUGCAGGAGUGGAGACAGCAGCGCUCUACGGAGAGACGGAGCGAGGAGGAGGGAGAGACGGACACAUCUGGAGGAGAGGGAGGAGCAGGAGGAGGGGGCGAGGCAGGGGAGACAGGGGUGAUGAAUCCUCCCUCCCUUUAUCCGAUGGUACAGUCGGCCAAUAGAGCCGUUGCCACAGCUACCUCAGUGCCAGCCCCACAGGUGCAUAUCCCUAAGGAGGGGAUUAGACACCCCCCUACUGUCUCCCCUCUACCUCCUUCUGUCUCCUCUCUACCUCCCCCUGUCUCCCCUAAGAGCGCGGUGACGCGUGCCAAGUUGAUGUCACUCAACCAGGGAGGGGAACGAGUCAGGGAGGGGCCUAUCCCUGUGACGACUCCGCGUGUGCCCCACCAGCCGCCCAAUCAGCCGCCCAAUCAGCCGCCCAAUCAGCCGCGAGUGGUGCAGGUCAUUGCCAUGUCCAAGCAGCAUGGACCAAUCAGCUCCUCUGCCAAGGGCUCUGACUCCACCUCUUCCUGUGGGGGAGGGUCUUCAACAGGAAGCUCUGAGUCGCCGUACUACCGGGUCCCCUCUGACCAUGACAGCCACACUGGAAGUGUUACCGGGAGCGUUACCGGGAGUAUUGUCACCAUAGACGCUCACGCCCCUCAUCACCCUGUGGUCAGGGUGUCUAGCAGUGUCAGUACCGGGAGUAACGGGACCCUGGGGGCCAGAGUAACAGCUGCCGGUAACGGGACCCCCUGGGAGUGGAGGAACACCACCGGCGGGAGCGUCGGUGAGCAGGGCCAGAGGGGGGCGCUGCAGCGCCAGGAGAAAGUCUCCGCACCGGAAUAUCGGGAAUACCGAACACUUCCUGUGAAAUCAGACUCUAUCUGCUCCUCCUCGCCCAGCGAGACCGAUUCCUCCACCCUGCCUCCCCCUCCUCAACCCAUCUCCUCCCCCCUCCCUCCCCCUUCUCCCCCCUCCUACUCACCCCUCCCUCCCCCUCCUCCCCACUUCUACUCCCCUCUCCCUCCCCCUCCUCAUCCAGAUCUGCUGUUGGACAAUUACUCCCCCCCCCUCCCCCGCUCUAUGACCCUCCCCCGCCGGCCCACUGUCUCAGCCCACAGCCGCGCUGAUCAAGAAGUCUAUUACAAGACCAUGCAGACGGAGAGGAGAUUAUAACGCGACAUAGAGGAGUUAUAAUAGACAGUAACACUACUAAAAACAGACUACGAGGUCAGAAGAGAAAAUAGGGGACCUUACAGAGCGUGAGGUUAUAAGACGACAUAGAUAAAUUAAGAUAGACAGUAGUACCUCUACAUAACCAUACAGUCAGGGGACGUUAUUAAAUGUAACACAUUUUGGGGAGACCUAACAGUCAGGGGACGUUAUUAAAUGUGUCACCGUUUGGGGAGACCUAACAGUCAGGAGAACUACUACGUGACUUAAAUGAGUGAGAGGAGGUUAUGAGACAACUUAGAAGCUAAAAUGUAAUAUAAUGGAGGUUAUAACUAAUAAUCCAGAACACUACUUCAAUACUGAGAAAGGGUCCAGAUGGAAACAGACAAAUAGCUGAUCUUCAAGACACUGCAGAGUAGUUAAGUUAAGAUGCGACAUAACAGCAAAACCUACAAGACAUUGCAGAGUAAGACUUGGGAGGACUGUUAAGUCAAGGUCUAACAGUAGUGGAGGUUAUAACGCGACAUAGAACACUGCUAAGUCAGGGUCUAACAGUGGAGGUGGAGCGUGUGAACGAAGGUCUCCAGGAGCAUGGAGACUGGAUCACUAAAGACAACAGAAACAAUAGCAGCUCUAGUAGUUGAUUUACCACCAACUACCAUCUGACUAGACUAUACAACUAUACUGACUAUACUCACCAGCUAUACUAUACUGUAUAUAGGAUCUCUCUCAGGUUUCCAUUCCACUGACUUACUGUAGAGACGAAGAAGAGGAGGAGAAAAGGAGGAAGGGAAGUGAACAUCUUGGAGAGGAUUACUACAGUAAACAAAGAGGGGGAGACAAAGACUGGAGGGAACAUUUGGCUUAACAAUGUGAACAGAUCCACACACAGACACACAGCCGCGGGAAGUAGUUUGCUGGUGGGGGUCUGCGCUACAGACCGCUAACACAGUGCACUACUUUUAGGAAAAUUGAAUUUUGGGAUUUUAGAUAUGAUUUUUAAUUCAGAUUAAGACACACACACACACACACACACACACACACACACACACACACACACACACACACACACACACACACACACACACACACACACACACACAUACAGACUCAACUCCAAUUGUAUAAAAUUACAUGCAAUAAUAUGAAUUAUUUUUAAGCUCAUUUGUUGCUAAUCAAACCCCCACUGACAACACAAUAAGAUAAACGGUGACUAAAGACUGUGUAGACUUGUGGGUGUGGUCUGUGUGCAUCGGUUGCCUAGCAGCAGAACGACUUGUUCUGUAGUGGAUAUCCUCUUUUGAUGAUAGAACUGUUGAAUACUGGUGUUAGUCUGCAUGUGUAUGUAUGUGUGUGAGGGUGUGUCUGUCUUGCAUGUGUGUUUCUGUGUGUAUUCUACUUCAUUGUGUUUCUAUGAACUUGUAUUAUGACUUCUAAGAAACAGAAAUGCUGCAUUUUCCAGAGAUGUCAUUUAUUUACCUUUUUGUCUUUAUUACCAAUGUAAAUACGAAUAUUAUAUUAAUGUCCUUUUUCAUGGGCUACUGUUUUUUUAAACGUGUGUUUCCAGGUAAUGGUUUUAAACUCCUUGACUAAGGAAACGUC